AUGCUUAAAGAAGAAAUGGGAUUUCCUCCCAAGGUAUAUCAAUUUCUGGUGGGCACGUUUGCUGCACUUGGAUCAUUGCUCUACGGAUAUGAUCUUACUAUUGUCGCCGAAGUGGUAUCCAGUGGCUCGUUCCUGAGUUACUUCAAUCCAACCACCACAGAGAUAGGUCUGGUCGCUUCACUGCUCACAGCCGGCGCUUUUGUCGGCGCUGGAUUAGCAUACCCAUGCUCGGAUUACUUUGGCCGCCGAGCGACCAUCUUAGCUGGAGGUCGUUUUAUCGCGGGUGUCUCGAUCGGUGUCCUCACCAUGAUCGUUCCAAUUUACCAGGCAGAAUUGGUUCACCCCAAUAUUCGAGGCUUGGUGACUGGACUGCAACAAUUCAUGCUAGGCAUCGGUGGUGUCUGUGGAAGCUGGAUUAGCUAUGGCACCUAUGUCAGUUUUGCGGACAAUCGCCAAUGGCGUAUCCCUCUGGGCAUUCAGAUCAUACCAGCUGCUCUUUUGUCCGGUUUGAUCUUCCUUUUCCCAGAAUCGCCUCGUUGGCUUAUUAGCCAAGGACAGUUGGAGAAAGGUCUAAAAACCCUAGCCCGACUCCAUGCCAACGGGGACACAUCUGACCCGUGGAUCCUCGCCGAAUAUGAACAGAUUAAAGCGCAGGUUGCAGCAGAGAAGGAGCAUAGUCAGGUCAAGAUCUAUGAGUGGAUCACCAAUAAAUCAAACUUCCGUCGUCUCCUACUGGCUUCUGCUAUGCAAGCUGCGACACAAAUGACGGGGAUUUCCGCUAUCCAAUAUUACUCAGUUACCAUCUUUAAACAAAUUGGUAUCGAUGGAACUGACACCCUGCGCUACCAAGCCAUCAACUCAAUCAUUGGACUUCUUGGUGAAUUCGUCCUAAUGAUGGUCGUGGACAAAAUAGGCCGUCGAAAAAUUGUAGUGGGCGGCAAUCUUGCCAUGUGUCUCACAUACGUGAUCAGCACAAUACUUCUCGCCCAGUUCCCUCCCGAGACAAACAACACAGGCGCGCAUUGGGGGUUCAUUAUCAUGACUUGGAUGUAUAAUUUCUGCUUUUCCAGCAGUAUGGGACCAUUGUCUUGGAUGAUUCCCGCUGAGAUUUUUGAUACGGCAACCCGAGCCAAAGGUGUCGCCAUAGGCUGCAUGGUGUCGUUCGCCUUCAACACAAUGAUCGGUCAAGUGACGCCCAUAGGAAUGGCAAACUCCGGGUGGAGGUUCUAUAUCCUGUUCGUGGUCUGCAAUUUCGCUAAUGCCAUUUUCUUCUGGGCCAUGCUCCCGGAGACGAAACAGUUGCCCCUAGAGGAGAUGAAGAAGCUUUUCACCGAGAGUCCCUGGUUCAUUGGCAACUCCACCAAAAGCAAAAACCAGGUCACUGAGACCAGUAUCUUAGCGGAACGGAUUAAGAACGAGGGAUUGGAAGACAAGAGGGGCAUGACUGAGCAAAUGGAGGUAACCGCUUGA